AUGGCUACUACUGCACAAAAAAAUCAAAAUCAGCACCUCCACGUGAAUAUGGAUGAAGGAUCUGUUCGCUUUCUAUCCGAGUUUUCGUUACUAGAAUCCUCUAUCAGUCUGAUGCUGAAAAUACCGCACGAUUACGUGCAUCCUACAGCUUUCGAGGAGUUACAAGAGGGGUCUUACGGUAAAAUCGACUAUCGUGCACGCGAGUCAAGUGAGGCUUUGGUCCCGAUGUGUAAUUCGCAAUUACUAGAUCCAUAUUCACAAUAUCCACUGGCACAGACGCUACUUUACCCGGGCGAACCACUUCACGACGGUCCUCUUAUACGUACAUUGAGCGAGACUACGGUCGGAACUCCACGCUGUUCGUCGCAAAAUAGAUUCACCAUUGAAGGCGGACAAUAUAGCCAACAAUCCAUGUCUUUCAUGAUUGAUGCCGUGAAUGUUGACGCUGACAGAACAGGACAAUUGUACAGUACCGGUAUCACUAUCAUCGAACAGUUUCCGGAGCAGCAAGGCCUUAACCAAUUUCGGCUGGAAAAAUUGUCUACUCUACACAUAAACUCUAAAGACGAUGAUACAUCCGCGGCAGCUUCUACUCUAAUGACUGGCCUCAUUCCGGCGUUGCCCUCAAGUGUUGUUUCUACCUCGGGAUCAACCAAAAAAUUCCGGAAGGCUCGAAGUUCCUCGCGUAAUGGUGUGAAAUCGAAAAGCAGAAAAUCCAAAGAACGCGCAGCAAAGCCAUCCAAGCAAGCGCAUGAACUGUAUUCCAGAGAGAUUACACCGUUGAAACCAAAACGUCGUCCGCCCAUGGUGAAGCAGUACUACUUUACUCAGAUUUGCAAUUGUCUGUACGAGCUCCUGGUUCCAGUGAGCUACAAGUUGAUAUGUGAUUAUGUCUACAAAAGGCUCCCUGCACCACCGUCAGGAUUUUCUCAGAUCAGCAGAGAAAGUAUGGAGUCGAGUGUUCGGAAGACAGUUUCGAUGUACACUCAGCAGUAUAGUACAACACACAAGCAAGUAUUUGCCGUUGUCAACCAGGAAAAUGGGUUUGUGAUCAUGUUUCACCCGGAAGCGGACGCCAGUUCACACUAUAAGGCAUACCUAAAGCGAUGGGAUCGUGGUCACUAG